ACCAGGCUGUGUUGGUUGGUGUUGUCUGGAUGGACUACAUAUGAAAACAAUGAAACCCAUACAUUUUCUUUCGAAAUAACGGGUCUGUGAGUUACUUUAGACUACGUGCAAGCUUACCCACCCCUUUACCGCGUGUGGAUACUGGCGCAGUGAACGGAGGUCGCAUAGGGUACUAACGUUAGCUUGCCAAGAUAGCUGCAAUUUGGGUCCUAGGAUAUUAUCAAGCUGGCCUUAACCCGAGGCCGACUUGUCCUUCCUAACUGAGUAAAAGUAACGCAAGGAUGUCGGACUCAGACAGUGAUGAAGACCAAGACCGCCCCUUCUCUCUCACUGGUUUCCUCUUCGGGAACAUCAAUGAAGAUGGUCAGCUGGAGGGAGACAGUGUGUUGGACACUGAGUCCAAGAAACACCUGGCUGGCCUGGGCUCCCUGGGCCUGGGAAACCUCAUCACAGAGAUCACUGCCAGUGAGGAGGACGAUCCUGACGAGGAUGGAGACACAGGUGGCACAGACGCAGAGGGCUGGGUGAAGAAUGAUGCCGAUGCAGUUGAUUAUUCUGACAUCAAUGAGGUGGCUGAAGAUGAGACUAAGAAGUAUCGUCAGGCCAUGGGCAGCCUGCAGCCUACCAGGAGAACAGAUGAUGAGGAUGAGGAUGACUAUGAUGCGGAUUGUGAGGAUAUUGAUGCCAAGCUUAUGCCCCCUCCACCUCCUCCAAGUCUCACCACGCCUGGUGGCAAGAAAGAGGAUUCCUCUCCUACGGCUGCAAGUGUUGGGGAUGAAGGAGACGGGAUCAUCCUGCCCUCCAUCAUUGCUCCCUCCUCUCUGGUAGACAAAGUGGACUUCAGCAGCUCCUCAGAUUCUGAGUCGGAGACAGACCGCCCCUCCACAGGCUCCGGGUCUGGGGGUCCUCCAGCCUGCCUCAGCCUGCCCCUGGCUGGCAUCAUGCAGAAGGAUGCUGCCAAAGCCCUGCCUGGCGUCACACAGCUCUUCCCAGAGUUCAGGCCUGGAAGGGUGCUGCGGUUCCUUCGACUGUUUGGCCCUGGGAAGAACAUGCCGUCGGUGUGGCGGAGUGCACGAAGAAAGAGGAAGAGGAAGCACCGCGACCCCCAGCCAGAGACACCCCCAUCAGAGGGCGCUGAGCCCAUGGAGCAGCAGGGACCAGAGAAGAUAUCUGGCUGGGACUAUGAGUACGCCCCACCUCCACCCCCAGAGCAGUGCCUGUCUGAUGACGAGAUCACCAUGAUGGCCCCAGUAGAGUCCAAGUUCUCCCAGACCUCUGGAGACGGGGACAAGGUGGCAGAGUCCAGGCCCAAGGUGGCAGAGUGGCGCUACGGUCCGGCCCAGCUCUGGUACGACAUGAUGGGGGUCCCUGAGGAUGGCAGUGGCUUCCACUACGGCUUCAAACUGAAGGAGGAGGAGGAAGAUGAGCAGGAGAAGCAGGAGAGGCCAGAACCACCACCACCACCAGUUCCACAACCUCCCAAAGAGGAGGGCAGUGGUGACGAAAAGGACGAACAGGCCCUGGAGAACGAGCUCUUUCUGAUGGUCACCCAGCUUCAGUGGGAGGACGACAUCAUCUGGAACGGAGAGGACGUGAAACACAAAGGCACUAAGACCCAGCGAGCCAGUCUGGCAGGGUGGCUGCCUUCCAGCAUGACGCGCAAUGCCAAUGCCUACAACGCACAGCAGGGUCUGUGUAGGAGUAACUCUCAGCUGGUGCCCCCCACUCCUCCACCCAUGCCCAAAGCCCCCUCCAUCGGCUCUGGCUCCAAGAGGGACAAACACCACCAUGACCAUUAUGCCUCUCAUGAAGAUGACGCCCCCUGGUUCUCCAUCUUCCCCAUUGACAAUGAGGAGCUGGUGUACGGGCGCUGGGAGGACAACAUAAUCUGGGACGACCAGGCCAUGGACCGCAUGCUCUCGCCCCCUGUCCUCACCCUGGACCCCAACGAUGAGAACAUCAUUUUAGAAAUCCCAGAUGAGAAGGAGUCUGAGCAUACGUCCCACUCCCCGUCCAAGGAGAACAAGAAGGAGUCGGCACUGAAGAAGAGUCGCAUCCUGCUGGGGAAGACUGGGGUCAUAAAGGAGGAGCCUCAACAGAACAUGUCCCAGCCCGAGGUGAAGGACCCAUGGAACCUGUCCAAUGAUGAGUUCUAUUACCCCAAGCAGCAGGGCCUGAGGGGCACCUUCGGUGGCAACAUCAUUCAGCACUCCAUCUCUGCAGUGGAGCUGAGGCAGCCGUUCUUCCCUACUCACAUGGGACCCAUGAAGCUGCGUGGCUUCCACCGGCCCUCUCUGAAGAAGUACUCGUUUGGGACGUUGUCCCAGCCAGGUCCCCAUGCAGCACAGCCCCUUCUCAAACAGAUCAAGAAGAAGGCCAAGAUGAGAGAGCAGGAGCGCCAGGCUUCCGGUGGCGGUGACAUGUUCUUCAUGCGGACAGCUCAGGAUCUGACGGGGAAAGACGGAGACCUGAUUCUGGCAGAGUACAGCGAGGAAUACCCUCCGCUCAUCAUGCAAGUCGGCAUGGCAACCAAGAUCAAGAACUACUACAAGAGAAAACCAGGGAAGGACCCUGGAGCUCCAGACUGCAAGUACGGAGAGACCGUGUACUGCCACACCUCACCCUUCCUGGGCUCCCUGCACCCUGGGCAGCUGCUGCCGGCUUUUGAGAACAACCUUUUCCGCGCCCCCAUAUACCUCCACAAGAUGCCAGAGACAGAUUUCCUGGUGCUGCGUACGCGGCAGGGCUACUUCAUCAGAGAGCUGGUGGACAUAUUUGUGGUUGGACAGCAGUGUCCGCUCUAUGAGGUCCCUGGACCCAACUCCAAACGAGCGAACACCCAUAUCAGAGACUUCCUGCAGGUGUUUAUCUAUCGGUUGUUCUGGAAGAGUAAAGAUCGUCCUAGGAGAAUCCGCAUGGAGGACAUAAAGAAAGCUUUCCCCUCACAUUCAGAAAGCAGCAUCCGCAAACGCCUAAAACUCUGUGCUGACUUCAAGCGUACAGGGAUGGACUCUAACUGGUGGGUGCUGAAGCCUGACUUCAGGCUGCCUACUGAGGAGGAGAUCAGGGCCAUGGUGUCUCCAGAGCAGUGCUGUGCCUACUACAGCAUGCUGGUGGCAGAACAGAGACUGAAGGAUGCUGGAUAUGGUGAAAAGUCAUUCUUUGCCCCAGAGGAAGAGAACGAGGAAGACUUCCAGAUGAAGAUUGAUGAUGAGGUCCGCACAGCCCCUUGGAACACAACGCGAGCCUUCAUCGCUGCCAUGAAGGGGAAGUGUCUGCUGGAGGUCAUGGGGGUGGCCGACCCCACAGGUUGUGGAGAGGGAUUCUCCUAUGUCAAAGUGCCCAACAAGCCCACUCAACAAAAGGCCCAGGAUGACCGGGAGCCACAACCCGCUAAGAAGACUGUGACAGGGACAGACGCUGAUCUGAGAAGACUAUCACUGAAAAACGCCAAGCAGCUGCUGCGCAAGUUUGGUGUUCCAGAGGAGGAGAUAAAGAAGCUGUCUCGUUGGGAGGUGAUUGACGUGGUGAGGACAAUGUCUACAGAGCAGGCGCGCUCUGGCGAGGGGCCCAUGAGCAAGUUUGCCCGUGGGUCCCGCUUUUCUGUAGCCGAACACCAGGAGCGCUACAAGGAGGAGUGCCAGAGGAUCUUUGACUUGCAGAACAAAGUAUUGGAGUCCACAGAGGUCCUGUCCACAGACACAGACAGCAGCUCAGCGGAGGACAGUGACUUUGAGGAGAUGGGGAAGAACAUUGAGAACAUGCUGCAGAACAAGAAGACCAGCUCCCAGCUGUCCAGAGAGAGGGAGGAGCAGGAGAGGAAAGAGCUGCAGAGGAUGCUGAUGGGAGAGGAGAGCGACCGCGACCACAAGGGACGCAAAGCACGCAAGGGCUUCUCCAGUGCUUUAUCCACGGGCUCCCAUAAAGAUGACGACACGUCCUCGGUCACCAGCCUGAACUCGUCCGCUACGGGACGGCGCCUCAAAAUCUACCGCACCUUCAGAGACGAGGACGGCAAGGAGUAUGUCCGCUGUGAGACAGUCCGCAAACCCUCCGUCAUUGACGCCUACACCAGAAUCAGAACCACCAAGGAUGACGAGUUCAUAAAGAAGUUUGCGCUGUUUGACGAGCAACAUAGAGAGGAGAUGAGGAAGGAGCGGAGGAGGAUCCAGGAGCAGCUGAGGAGGCUGAAGAGGAAUCAGGAGAAGGACAGGUUCAAGAGCCCCCCAGAGAAGAAAGCCAAGAAGAUCAAGGAGAGGCCAGACCUCAAGGUAAAACUGAAGUGCGGCGCUUGCGGUGCCAUCGGGCACAUGCGAACCAACAAGUUCUGCCCGCUGUACUACCAGACCAACGCUCCGCCCUCCAACCCGGUUGCCAUGACGGAGGAGCAGGAGGAGGAGCUGGAGAAGACUGUCAUCCACAAUGACAACGAGGAACUCAUCAAGGUGGAGGGAACCAAGAUCGUCCUGGGCAAGCAGCUCAUCGAGAGUGCUGAUGAGGUGCGCAGGAAGUCCCUGGUGCUGAAAUUCCCCAAACAGCAGCUUCCCCCCAAGAAGAAGAGACGUGUUGGGAACAACGUACACUGUGACUACCUCAAUAGGCCCAACAAAUCCAUCCACCGCAGACGCACUGACCCCAUGGUCACCCUGUCCUCAGUCCUGGAGAGCAUCAUCAAUGACAUGCGUGAUCACCCCAAUACAUACCCCUUCCACACACCAGUCAAUGCCAAGGUGGUGAAGGACUACUAUAAGAUCAUCCCUCGUCCCAUGAAUCUGCAGACACUACGGGAGAAUGUGCGCAAGCGUGUGUACCCCUCCCGGGAGGAGUUUAGAGAGAAUGUGGAGCUCAUUGUCAAGAACAGUGCCACAUACAACGGUGCCAAGCAUCCAAUAACCCAGGUGGCUCAGACUAUGCUGGACCUUUGUGAUGAGAAACUGAAAGAGAAGGAAGACAGGCUGGUGAGACUGGAGAAAGCCAUCAACCCCCUACUGGACGAUGACGACCAGGUGGCCUUCUCCUUCAUCCUGGACAACAUCGUCACUCAGAAGAUGAUGGCCGUGCCUGACUCUUGGCCGUUCCACCAUCCAGUCAACAAAAAGUUUGUUCCAGAUUACUACAAAGUGAUAGUCCAACCCAUGGACCUAGAGAAUGUCCGCAAGAACAUAUCCAAACACAAGUACCAGAACCGGGAUGUGUUCCUAUUUGACGUCAGCCUGGUCCACACCAACAGUGUCAAGUACAACGGUCCAGACAGCCCUUACACCAAUACGGCCCUGGAGAUAGUCAACGUGUGCAAGCAGACCCUGGCAGAGUAUGAUGAGCACCUGACCCAGCUGGAGAAGGACAUCUCCACAGCUAAAGAGGCUGCUCUGGAUGCAGCAGACCUGGAUAGCCUGGACCCCAUGACUCCUGGAACCUACACACCACAGCCUGCUGAUGUGUUUGACAGCAGUGCCUCUGUGAGCCUGCACAGAGAGACCAGCUUUUUCUCUGAGGUUGAGGCAUCUCUAAUGGCUGUACCAGAGAAGAGGGGGGUAGGGCAGGGUCGUCAUAGAAGGCUAGGAGAGGAGGAGUCGGACGUGGACAUCGAGGGCUUCGAGGAGGAGGAUGACGGCAAGCCCAAGACACCAGCUCCUGCAGAGGAUGGUGAGGGAGACCUGGAGGAUGAAGAGGAUGAAGAGGAUAUGCUGCUACCGCCCCACAGAAGGCUGCGGGGCCAUGAGGAUGAUGAUUAUGACGAGGAUGAAGGCUCCAGUCGGCCUGCCCAGGCCAGCGUGCUGUACCAGGACCUGCUCAUGUCAGAUGGAGAGGAUGACGCCAGCGAAGAGGAGGGAGACAACCCGUUCUCCUCUAUCCACCUGUCAGAGAGUGGCAGUGACUCAGACAGAGAGGUGGAGGUGCGUCCCCCGCCCCCUCCCAGACCCCACCAUGAGACGGCCCGCAUGGGCCUGGAGCAGGACGAGAGCAUGAUGUCAUACGGGGAAGAGGUGCCGGAUGAGACCCACCUGGAGGACAGUAAUGUCAGUUAUGGGAGCUAUGAGGAGCCGGAGGGUCAGACCCAGACCCAGACCUCCAGCAUGGGCAAUGGAGAGGACUACGGCAUGAGUGAGGAAGAGGAGGAAGAGGCGGCUCAGAGGAGAGGUCCCAGUGUGCUGUCCCAGGUGCAGCUGAGUGAGGAUGAGGAGGACAGCGAAGAGUUUAGGUCCAUCGGGGGAGAGAGUGACUUGGACUCAGACAACUAGAGAAGUGUUCCUGCAUACAGACACACUCAAAGACAUAAAUACUCUUACAACCAUAAACACAGACAGAGAGCCACACCUAUACACAUAAAUAGAUUAACUCAGGCUCAAUAAAUGAAUACACCCUGAACUUGCAGGCUGAAUUGCACGUACUGUCAUCAUAACUUUAUCUCAUGUCAGUCAAUCCCUGAGUGAUAGACUAUGUUUGCUGCCCAGUCAUUAGCACACCUAUGAAGUCUCUAUGAUAAACUCCUCUGUGACAUCAAUAUUGUACAAAAUGUUCAAUCAAUCUGAAGUGAGCUUUUCUAUAAUGGCAGGAUUACAUUGCAGUUGAUGGUUUUAGUAAAUGUUUUCUACUGGUUAUGCUUUUUUCAAUGUAUCAACACGUGUGUGUGUGUGUGUGUGUGUAUAUAUAUAAAAUGUUCGUUUUUUUUUACAAUGAUUUACCUUGAAUAGCCAUUUAUUUCAUGGUUGUGCAAAACGUAGAUAUUUGAAUAAUCAACUUUGAGCAUUGUUUGUUUUCAGUGCCAGGUCUCAUCUCAACCUUGUGUCUGUGAGACACUGGGUUGAGUGCUUGCGUGAUAGAAAAAAAGACUGUUAUUCCCCAUUAACUAUUAUGAUUGCAGCCUGGAUGUUCAGGCAUUUGAGAUGUUUCCAGUACUGUUAUUAGGAAACUCUCAAACUAUAAAUGCUGUAAAACCGGAUAUGAUGCCUUCAUCUUUUCAUUGUUUUUGUGGCUAAAUCUUAGCAAUAUCUUAUGUAACCAAGUUGAAGUUGUCCUUUCCUGUUAUGCAUGUCUUGCUUAUCAAAAGUAAGAGAGGCACUCUUCAAUACCAAUAUACAGUAGUAGCACAUGAACAAUAUUUUAUCAGCAGAUCGUUUUAUUACUGUAGUAGGGAGCCACCUAUAAUUGCUGUCUGCUCCCACAGGGAAUAGUCCAAGGGACUGUUGUUAAUGUGGUAAUAAUAAUAAUAAUAAUAAUAAUAAUAUGCCAUUUAUCAGACGCUUUUAUCCAAAGCGACUUACAGUCAUGCGUGCAUACAUUUUUGUGUAUGGGUGGUCCCAUGUUGAUGUUGUGUUUUCUGUUACCAAAGUGUUUCAUCUUUCCCUGCUUUUUCCUAUCCUGCCACACCUUACAGGCUUCCCAUCAUUCGUAUCUUAUUCAUGACAUCAUGUCAUUAAACCUCAAUGCCCCUAUGGUGCUGGAUCAUGAACUCUGCUCCACAGUAAACAGAUGAUUAUUGUAGUGAGUGACAUAGAUGACGUGUCAAGUAUAAAGUAUACCCUAACUAACCAUAAACUUGACAUUGUCUCAUUAUCUGCAUGAGUAUAGCUCUGACGUGGGAGAAGGCUAUAAAUGGUUGAGUGGUAUUGCUCCUCAUAUACAUUUGGUCACAGUACAGUAAGAAGAGUGUGAAGAUGAAGGGCUAUAUUUUGCUGUGUUUAAUAUUUCUGCUCCCUGUCACAGUUAUUGGACAAGGUACUACACCAGAUCGUGAGUAGCAUCUUUUUCUGCUAUGCAAUCUUUUGACGAAAUCUGGAACGCAAGCCUGUUUUAUAUAGCAUGAGUAGGCUUUCUGUAGCUCAGUUGGUAGAGCAUGGUGCUUGCGACGCCAGGAUAGUGGGUUUGAUUCCCGGGACCACCUGUACGUAAAAAUAUGCAUGUAUGACUAAGUUGCUUUGGAUAAAAGUGUCUGCUAAAUGGCAUAUUGUAAGAUUACUGUAGUUAUGAACUUAUACACUGAUGGCAUUUCUAAAAUGAAUGGUAAAAUAGAUAUAAAUAAAUGUCCUGCUGCUUUUUGG